AUGGCUCCAGACCAGCAGCAGAUCCCGAAUCACCGAGCCCCUCGCGUCAAGCCUCAGCAAAUAUUCGAGGGCAGAGUCGGCUUUUUCAUCCCUCGGGAAGAGUGCCUCGCGAGCAGCAAAAACGGUCGAGCAAAACCACCCAAGAUCGAGAAACCCAGAACCUUCGAAUUCAGCUGCGAAUCCCACCGGCCUAGCCAAAAAGCCCUCGUCAACUCAGGCCUCGAUCACCGCGUUCGCCUUGUCGGCACUCAUGCUCCCCAGCAAUUGACAACCUUUAUUCAGACUACCGACAGCCCGAAAUCCGGCCCCAAGCGAGUUUCAGUCGAACAGACGGAAAUCCCUAAGACUGCGUGCCAGAAGGCCGAGGAAGCGGAACAUCUGAGAGAAGCUACGCAUAAGAAGGAGGAGAAGACAUCGAGAUCAGCCAACACUAUCCACUCCCCUCAGAAAGAUCAACAGCCUUUGCUUGGGAUUUUGAAAGCCAGAGGCCUCUUUCCCACACGAUCGUCGAGGCUUACCGAAACCCCUCUCUUCACACCGGCUAAAGCAAAGGACGAAAAGUCGCGGAUCUGUUCUAAAGGGCGGAGGCAAAUUCCGGGUCCUUCAAAGAACGAGAAGCAAAGAAAGUUCUCUUCGGAAGAUUUGUUCGUUCGCCAGCUCCCCAAUAAGGCCAUUCUCUUCCCUAGGUCUCGGCAGUCCGCAUACCUCAGACCAGCGACUACUCCAGCGAGACUUGCGCCGCAGGCCACCCGUAUCGCCAAGAGCUCUAGGCACUUACCUGCCUUGGAAAGGCUACUCCCCGGCGUCCACACCGCCGUCUCUAGGGCCCAGCGCCUCAGUUUGAAGGAUCUUGUGAUCCAGCCAGAGGGAAGAAUCGAGCUCUUCGGCCCGAGUGGUCCAGUCACCACCGAGUUAGCCAAAAGAACACAAGGCAAUCAUACUAUUACCGCAAGUGUCUCUACAAGGAAGUGCUCUCAUUCAUCCUCAAGCUUCCACCUCUGUUACUCUAACUCAGAAGCCGAGUCGGAGUCUGAGGAUACUUGUCUUAGUUCGCCAUCUGCGGUGUCACCAGGUGCUUGCUCCCUCUGCCCCAACCAAUCAACAAUCGUUAUCCCUCCCAACGAACUAAAACUCAUCGAAGUGAAUGGAAAUUCGAGAACUAGAAGAUUUGGCGUUCAGGGGUCGACCUUGAAGACAAUCACAGCUCAACCCACCGAACAAGAAUCGCGAUCCACGGACGAAGGCUCACCUGCUACAAACCCAUCACGGAAGCGAUCAGCUCAAGACUCAGAGUUCGACCUCAUCCUGGCGAAUGCAACGGAUGGGAGGGAGCCCGUGCAGGAGCCGCUCGCGAACGCUCGAGGUGCUGCCGUUCUGGUCCCUAACGAAGAAGACAGACCUCGAGACUACGCGAAUUGGCUCAUCAAUAUCAUGACAUCAGUCCGUGGCACGGUCACAAAAGUCUCCGGUAGCAUCGUUGGCUACGUAUACCCUCGCAAUCAUACCUUUAUUCCCAUUGAGAGACUCUCUCGUGAUCAGCGGAAUGGAGAUACUGGCACAAAGCGCAUCAAAUUGGAGGUUGUGGAUGAAUUUGCCGACGAAAGCCCAGCCGUACAGCAACGCGGUGGGGUUGCAAAUAUGGAAUCGUUCAAAACCAACCUAAUCUGGGUUGAUGAAUCGACAAGAAUCGCUCAUUGGCAUCACGUAGCUCCGCUCGUACGCUCUUUGAGGAGUUUUUGCCGCCGGAUCGAAAAGAGGCGAUCAGGAUCCAGGGAUGGGUCUCCUGUCUUUCGAGUGGACGACGAAAACCCCGUGCAGCAUAUUUACGUCCUCAGUCCAUACCUCAAGACUUUCCAGCAAACUGCUUGGAUUCUUGAAAGUAUAUACUCUCACACCUUCUUAACGGAUCUGAAGACCACUUUCAAGGUCCCACAGUCUGUCAUGAACUAUACUUUCAGCCCCGAGGAAAACUUUGCCAUUACCAUGGCACAGCGCCUAUUCGACCAUUUUCCUGAUGAAUGCACUCCCGUGCUGAUUGAGGCUGGCGUACCGCGACGAGUUAUUCAAGGAAUCAGUGCCGACUUGGUCGCCCUGGCUAGUCGGAAGCCAAUGCCUGGACUCGUCCAACGGGCUGGCUUAGUUGGAAAGGUCAUGAAAUUUUUCCGGGGACGUGAUACCUUCGGCAUCGAAGCAUCCGAAGACCCCGUCUCGAGGAUCGAUGUUGCAAUGCCCGGCAGCUUUCCGGACACCAAAACAAACAGCGAAGUUUUGGAUGAGGAGGCGGAAGCUUCGAUAAAGGUCAACUAUCGGAGACAAAUCCCAUCCGCCCAUGCAAUCACAAACUCCGGAAAUUAUUGUCCUCCUGCAAGGACUACCGAUGCGUAUAUGUUUGUCAAAGAUCACUUAGUCGACAUCGCAAAUCAACGCAGGUCUGCGUACAAGAACCCGCCCCCCGGCAUGGUAUCAGACGACUUAAUCUGCAAACCAAGCCCCAUCUCUGCACUAAAAAGAGACAAACAAUCUCCUGCCUCACUGAAGCGACUUCACAAAUCACGAAGCCUCAAAAGAGUGCAAUUCUCAUCUGCCAAGCAAUCAACUCCUUCGCCGUUGAAAUCGACGAGCUUUCUCAACCGGAUAUUCGGCUCUCCCACCGUUUUUGGAUCACCACUUGCUUACGUUGUGGACACCAGCCCUCUGAGCGACGCCCAGAUCGACGGCUUGUCAGACAGUCGUACCACUGAGAUACCGGAUCAGUACCCAUGCACCGAGCCAAAAUCUGAAGACAUAUUAGAAGAUAGCGACGGAGAGAAAAUCGCGGCCCGCUGCCAACCUCAACUGCUGCAGCAUCUUAGGAAAUCAUUAAACGGCCUUGAAGCUAAAGGAUUCUUCAUCAAGGACGAAGACCAGGACCCGUCAUCCUGCCCACCUAGCCCGCUAACCCUCCCAACCCUGGCAGAUCUGACCAUCUCGGACGACAAAGAAGAGGAGCUCGAAGACCUUUCUCUCGCUUUGCAGCUGUUGCUUGACGUCGACGAGGCACGCCGAAGAGAAGAGGAGGAAAAGAAAGCUAGAAAGGCAAAGGAGGAGAGGCUGUUGAAGACGGGUGGACUCCGCGUUCCUCGGAGACGUUUGGUCACCUCUUUACCGGUCGAAUGGACCGAGAGGGUAAAUGCCACGAUGCGGGCCAACCCCCAGCAGACACUCGCAACUACAGCUGAAAGCGUCUCCCUCAAGCGACAUGACUUCGCAAAAGUAGUCCCGGCAACCGUAUGGCUCAACGACGAAAUUGUCAAUGGAGCAUUGCAAUGGCUCGACCGAUACGUCAAUGUGGCUGUAGGCGCCGUGGACGUCAAGGCACCAAACCGGGUGUGCGUGGCCAUGGGCUCGUUUUUCUACAAAAGACUGGAGGAGAAUGGUGUCCAAAACACUGAACGAGCACUUCGCCGUUACGGAGUCAACAAAAACAACUUCCUCAACCUGGAGACGAUCCUCAUGCCCAUCUGUAAGAACAACCAUUGGACGUUGCUCGUCAUCCGGCCCAAGAUGCGUACCGUAUCGCACAUGGAUUCCUUCAAUCCUGCCGGCUCGACCGCUCACACUAAUAGAGCCUUGGCUUGGGUCCAAGCCUUCUUAGGUGGCGACUAUAAGGCCAGCGAAUGGAAGGCAGUUACUCACGAGGCUCCGAUGCAGACCAAUGGAUACGACUGCGGUGUAUUCACGAUCACCAAUGGAAUGUGUCUCGCUCUCGGGCUAAAUGCCAUUGACGCUUACUCUGGCGAAGAUUUGCCAGAGCAACGCCUGAGAAUCGCCGGUAUGCUUCUCAACAAGGGCUUCAGCGGCGAAUUUGAUCUCGCUGAUUUGUAA